AUGGCUACCCAGGGUGUGCUUACAUACCCGAAGGGCAUCACGCACAGAACGAGGCCGUCAAUCGCACAGAAGCUGCACGCUGUACAGAUUGCCACAGCGUCAAGUGUACACCAUGCCGCGCAGUCCUUGGGAUACGGCGAGCGGACCGUGCGACGUUGGGUCAUGGAGCAGGAUAAACUACGCAACUUCAGUGGCUCCAAAGCGCGCAAGCGAAACACAGGAAACUGUGAAGCAGUGCCCAUCAUACCAGAUGGCCACGACCUCGUUAUCCACAUGAAAGAUCUCCGUCGUCAAGAUCUGGCUGUGACCUCUUCACACAUGCUUCAGUUCCUCCGCGCGGACCAUACCGACUGGAUUGAGAACUACAAGUCGACACGCAAGACUGGGUACAAGUCGUUGCUACGGCUACUCAAGCACUUCGCUGACCGCCAUGGCUUUUCCAAGCAGCGAAUCUGCAGGCAGAAGAAGACACAGGAAGACCUUGAAGCAACACGCCUCGAAUUCGGACGGUACUUCCACGACAAGUAUCAUGGGGUAGCAAUGGACACUCUUUACAACGCUGACGAAACGGGAAUUUAUGUCGCCAACUCCGAAAGUCACUCCUACCGUAUGACCGCGCUGCUCACGAUUCGUGGAGAUGGUGCCAAGCUGCCGAUCUUUUUGUCAUCCGUCGCGAGGAUCGAACUCGGGACGAAUUGCAAUGACUGGUACCCUUAA